AUGGACAAGAGCCAAGCUCCAGCAGGGUUUGGCAUGUCCAGUUUCCCGGCUUCUGUCCCACCGGGUCUGGAGUACCUCACACAGAUUGACCAGGUUCUCAUUCACCAGAAGAUUGAACUGCUGGAAGCCUUUAUUGGCUUUGAGACAAGUAAUCGGUAUGAAGUAAAGAACAGUCUGGGCCAGAUUGUCUUCAACGCUACAGAACAGAGUGACUGCUGCGUACGGAACUGCUGUGGCCCAAAUCGCCGCUUCGAACUCACCAUCCGAGACCUCCUCGAUCAGGAGGUCAUCCAUCUCAUUAAACCUUUUCGCUGUACCUCCUGCUGCUGCCCCUGCUUCCAGCAAGAGAUGGAAGUGCAGGCCCCACAGGGAAACACUUUGGGAUAUGUGAUCCAGGACUGGCACCCGUUUCUGCCCAAAUUCUCCAUCCUAGGGCCAUCCAAAGAGCCACUGCUGAGGAUCAUGGGCCCUGUGUGUACCAUCGCCUGCUGCAGUGAUGUCAGCUUCCAGAUUCUGGGGAAGGAUGAACAGCAGAUCGGCAGCAUCACUAAACAGUGGAGUGGAUGUCUGAAAGAGGCCUUGCUGGACACAGAUAACUUUGGCGUCCAGUUUCCCCUUGACCUGGACGUGAAAAUGAAGGCUGUUCUGGUGGGCGCGUGCUUCCUUAUUGACUUCAUGUUCUUUGAGAAAGUGGGUAAAUCUGGACAGCGAUGCUCUGUGUUUUUCUGA